AGUACCAGUAAAAUGUGACACUGAGAUAAACAUUGGCCAAAGUCCACCGUUGUUGAUCACAGACUGCUGUCCAGGACUCUUAAAACAUGCAGCAUUUAAGAGAUACUGGAGGUGCAUUAGGUGUAACAUUAGGGGCUGUGACAGCUGUUACAGCGGCUGCCGCCACUUAUUACAUUGCCACACGACCAGAGCCACUUAUACCACCUAUAGAUAUAAAUGACCAGGCUAACAUCUUAGAGGAUGGGUCACGUAUAUCAAAGUUCUGUAGAGAUGGUAAAUUGUUAGAAUAUUACUAUGAUGAUGUUAAGACGACAUUUGAAGGAUUUAAACGUGGAUUACAAAUGUCAAAAAAUGGUCCAUGCUUAGGCACCAGACCACCAGGGAGCAAUAAGUAUGUCUGGCAGUCUUACCAGCAGAUUUAUGACAGGGCUCAGGCAUUUGGAUCAGGAUUGAUAGCUGAUGGUUUGGAGGCAAGAAAUGAUACAUUCAUAGGAAUAUACAGCAUAAACAGAGCUGAAUGGGUCAUAACAGACCAAGCCUGUGCCAUGUUCUCUAUGGUUUCAGUUCCAUUAUAUGAUACACUAGGACCUGAUGCAUGCAAAUAUAUUAUAAACCAAAUUGGUAUUUCCCAUGUUGUUGUGGACAAAGAAGACAAAAUUAAACUUUUAUUGGAGAAGGCCAGAGGCAUGCCAACGUUAGCCUGCAUCAUUGUGAUGGAAAAUGUCAGUGAAGAAACCAAAUCUUUAGCCGCAAAGAGUAAUGUCAAAAUCGUCAAGUUUACAUCUGUUGAACUUGAUGGUAAACAGACAUUACAGGCACCAGUGCCUCCCAAACCAACAGAUUUAAUGACAGUAUGCUAUACCAGUGGUACAACAGGUGAUCCUAAAGGUGUCAUGAUCUCCCACAGAAACAUGGUAGCUAACAUGUCAUCUGUUAUUUAUUGUAUAAAGACAGUUACCACAAUAGGACCAGAAGACAGACAUUUAUCAUAUCUUCCGUUAGCUCACAACUUUGAGAGAGGAAUGAAUGUUGUUAUGUAUAUGCAUGGAUGUCAGGUAGGAUUUUCCAGUGGAGAUAUAAAGAAACUUCCAGAAGAUUUACAGAGUCUCAAACCUCAAUUCUUCCCUACAGUGCCAAGGUUACUCAACAGAAUUUAUGACAAGGUUCUUGCUGCCACCAAAUCAAGUCCUUUAAAACGUUGGUUAUUUGACCUAGCUUUGUCUGAGAAGAUGAAAGAAAUUCAAAACUGUAUAAUAAGAAACAACAGUUUAUGGGAUUAUCUUGUGUUUGGUAAGAUACAGAAACAGUUAGGAGGGAAAGUAAGGUUAAUUCUUACUGGGUCAGCACCCAUAGAACCAAAGGUCAUGAACUUCAGCAGGUGUGCAUUUGGUUGUCUGGUAGCGGAAGGUUAUGGACAAACAGAAGCACUGGCAGGGUGUACAUUGACUAUAGCAGGGGAUUACACAACAGGACAUGUAGGAAGUCCAUUACCUGGAUGUAAAAUUAAAGUUGUUGAUGUACCAGACAUGGGUUACUUUGCCAGGGAAGGAAAAGGGGAGGUGUGCGUCUAUGGACCGAAUGUAUUUAGUGGCUACUUUAACAACAAGGAAAAGACCAAGGAAGCAUUAGACAAGGAUGGCUGGUUACAUACAGGAGAUAUUGGUGUCUGGUUACCUAAUGGUACUUUGAAGAUUGUUGACAGAAAGAAAAAUAUCUUUAAACUUGCUCAGGGAGAGUAUAUUGCACCAGAAAAGAUUGAGAUAGCCUAUAUGAGAAGUGAAUAUGUUGCUCAAGUGUUCAUUGAAGGUGACAGCUUAAAGCCAUUCCUGCUGGGUAUUAUAGUACCAGAUGUAGAAACUGUUAUGAAAGUUGCUAAGGAUAAUGGCGUGUCAGAAGAUAUGGAAUCUGUCUGUCAGAGUAAGAAAAUUAAAGACAUCAUUCAUAAAGAUAUAAUAGCUGUUGGAAAAAUUUUAGGACUGAAAUCUUUUGAACAGGUUAGAGAUAUUCACCUUCAUCAUGAGUUAUUUUCUGUGGAGAAUAACCUACUGACAUCAACCUUCAAGAAUAAACGACCGCAGCUUCGGCAUUUCUUCAACCGAAAGGUGCAAGAUCUGUAUGCCAAACAUGAAGUAUAAAAAAAUCUAACAGCUGCUGUUUAGAAAAUACUAGUAUAUAUAUAUUUUUGUACCUAUUUUAAAUACAUUGUGUACGCUAUGUGGACUUUUAUUGGAUAAUAUGUUGGUUGUUAUUGAUAUAUUAGCUUUAUAUUAAAUGCUGUGAUAUAUUUUGGGUUGUAAAAUCGAAGGGUUAUUUCAUCCAGUUAUUUUUUAUCGAUAUAUUUCAGGGAUAUCAAAACAGGAGCAUUACUUCAUACUUUUGUAUUCAAAAUGCCAUAUUUUAUGAUUUUUGAUUGCUUUUUAUAUUGUUACAAUUUGAGUAAUAUUUUUUAUGCUCAAUUAUUUGAAAAAUACAUGAGAAUAUGUGAAAAAGUACUAGUUUUGUCAAGAAAAAAACAAAUGUAUUCAUCAAAAGUACUUGGAUAGUUUGUUUUAUUUUUGUUAUAUGGAUUCAAUGGACAAAUUUUUAACAUGCAAAAAUAAAUGUAUUUCAAUUAUAAAUAAACAAAAAUUGUGAACAUUUAUAUUUGAAAAUAAUUCUUGAACUUCUGUUUUGACAACUUAUCAAUACUGUGGAUUUAUUUAUUUUCGUGGGUACCAAUUUUCGUGAAUUGAGGAAAACUUGCAUUUUUGUCGAUAUUUUAUUUCAAAAAUUUUCCAAAAUGCAUAUAUUCAUAUCAAAAACUUGUAAUUCCUUCAACAUUUAAAUUUGUGGUUCCCCUGUACCCACAAAGUUGACAUUAUUGGUAUCCAACGAAUAAUAAUGAAUUUACAGUAGAAAGGAUCCAAAUGACAAAUUAUAUACAUGAGACAUGUAGAACAGUCAAAUGUUAUAUUCAAUUUUAUUCAAUUUUAUUCAAAUUAUUUUUUAUUUACUGUUGCAAAUAAAAAGAAGUACCCAUUUACAUAUACCGGUAACUAUAAUUUUUAUAACGUUAUUUUUUGCUCUUUUACCAAUUGUUAAGAAUUAGAUGUUUGUUUCAUGACCCUGUGACUUGUUUCAAUAUGAAAAGGUUUGGUGAUGCAAAAUUUCCUCAAUCGUAAAUUAACAUUUUUUUUCCCAUUUUCCACAUUUGCAAAUUUUUUGUAUGAUUAGUUUAUCAUUUCAUUCCUUCAUCAUUUUUUCCACUACCCACAAUUCCUUGCCCAAUUUCCCAAGGGGUGGUGGUAUUUUAUAACAUCAUUAAUCAGAGUAAUAGUUUUAUCUUGAAUUGUUUUUGAAUACAUGUAAUUUACCAAAGCUUGAAAAGAUAUUUACUUGUCCUUGAACAGUCAGCAAUUUUACAGUGCUGAAAAAAAUAGAGACAUCAAUCAACUCAUAGUUCAUGUAUUCUUGUCUUACAUAUUCUAUCUAUCAGGGUAGUGAUUAGGUGCUUUUGUUUACCAAAGAUUUUGGUUGUUACAUU